AUGUCUAUCACUUUGCUUUGCCUCGUCAAAGGUAAUACAACCACGAAUGCUUUCCCCGUCCAUAUUGGUGGAAACGAACUUGUUGGGGAUCUCAAGGAGGCUAUUAAGGAGAGUCAAAAACCAUUUUUCGACGGUGUUCCAACAAAAGAUAUCAAGCUAUGGAAGGUGACAAUCCCCGACGAUCAGGACGAUCUCUUAAGCAAUCUCACACUCAACGACGGAGACGAACUCCUUGCAACGAAAAAAAUCUCGAAAUACUUUCCUGACUCGCCUGCCGAGGAACAUAUCCAUGUCAUUGUUGAGCAACUACUGCUUCGAAUCAAGAGCAAAAAUUUCUAUUAUGGAAUAGCUCUUAAGAAGUUCGACGUUAUCGUAAGUCCAAAACGGACGAAGGGAUUCAAGUGGACCGUAAAUAUCAACCAUGCAACCCUUGAAGGACUCAAAAAAUCCAUAUAUGCGAUAUACCAAACGUCAGCACUUGAAAAUGAUGGAGCAGUGUUCAACAUAGUAAGUGAUAGCGGGAAAUACUCACCUCGAAAUGACCAAGACCUUUGUGAAAUGCUCCAGCUACUCGUAUCAAAAAACGGUUUAAAGUUUACCGUAUUCAUAGAGACUCCUUCAAAAGCUUUCUCGGAUUGGACACUCGGCUCGAUUUGCCAACUGUAUGGUCUUAGCGGUGAAACGGUGGAUCCAACAUUGUCUGUAUUCCCGGUUUUUUCGUGUGGUAGUGUUGAACCAUUACAUGAAUCAUUUGAAAAUCUUAUGAUCGAAUUAAAUUCCCGCCUCGACAACACCCCAAUCAAUUUACUAUCGGUGGAGGCUACGAAAUCUAUAUACGUCUAUUCAUAUCUGCUUGCUGGAGCGAAUAACUUCAAGGGAAUGUUUGAGAUCCGUCCACAAAAAAAUAUUUCUGGCCCGAAUGGGCAUGGUCCUGUCGACUUCGCAGUUGACUUACGCCGAACAGCAAAAACGGUGGGGGUUACGGAAGUUAAGAAAGAAGAUUUCGUUAAAGGUAUUGCCCAAUGUGCAGUUCAACUCGAGUCGUCUUUGUCGAAUCGUAAGCGAAAGGCUAGUGAGGUGGAGGAGGAACCAACCGUUGGAAAAGUUUUUGGGAUAGUCACCGAUGCCGAAAAAUUCUACUUUAUGGAAUGCUCGCUGGAUGAACAAGAUAGACCGAAGUUCAAACUAUCGAAACCGGUAAUUGUUGUGUAUGACGAUGCUGAUAUGAAAGCCAAGGUAAAGAAAGUGCUUUCUCAUAUUAUCUGGUUAUUGGAGGAGGUGCAGAAAACGGCGGAGGUUUCGCAAGGUGAAAAUCAAUCGAAGAUAGUAAAAAAGCAUAAGUCAUCAAGUAAUCUCACAGAAGAGUCGGGUUAG